AGUUUAGACUUUAGUCUGCUCUGAGAACACCAGUUUUUUUAUUGUUAAUCAUUUAAUUAAUUGUUAUACAGUGUUAUAUUGAUUUAUUUAUCAUUAUGUCUGCAGGGAUACUUUCUAAAGCCAGGCAAUUAGUCUCAGUUUCUAGUGCCAAAAAUUUAGUGCCAUCAGUGUUUAUCAGUUCUAGUAAAAUGUCCACAUUUGAAACUUUAGCAGUUACGACUCCAAAACCUUUUGUUUAUCAUGUUGAACUCAACAGAGCAGAUCGAUUGAAUGCAUUCAAUCGCACCAUGUGGUCAGAAAUUAAUAAAUGCUUUGAUGAACUAGACUUGAACCCCGAUUGCAGAGUUGUUAUUUUAUCCGGAGCUGGAAAACAUUUUACUGCAGGAAUUGAUCUCCAAGACAUGAUGAAGCUCGGAGGAGAGCUUGCAGAAUUUGAAGAUGUUGCCAGAAAAGCUAAAUUUAUGUUGAAUAUGAUAAAAAAUUGUCAGAACUCAAUUUCAUCCUUAGAAAACUGUUCGAAACCUGUCCUGGCUGCAGUUCAUUCGGCCUGUGUUGGUGCUGGUGUCGAUUUAAUUACUGCUGCUGAUUUGAGGUACUGCACACAAGAUGCUUGGUUCCAAGUUAAAGAAGUCGAGAUAGGAAUGGCUGCAGAUGUUGGUACUUUACAAAGGUUACCUAAGGUCAUUGGUAAUAAUAAUCUGGUUCGUGAACUGUGUUUUACAGGUAGAAAGUUCCAAAGUAAGGAAGCUUUUGAAUGUGGACUUAUUGGAAAAGUUCUUGAAAAUAAAGAGAGCCUUUUAUCACAUUGUUUAAAUCUCGCUGAAGAAAUUGCAUCUAAAAGUCCAGUGGCAGUACAAAUGACAAAGAAAAGUAUUAUUUAUUCCAUGGAUCAUACUAAUCAAGAAGGAUUAGAUCAUAUUGCUGCUUACAAUCAAACAUUGUUACAAAGCGAAGAUUUUAUAAACGCUUGCAUGGCUCAGGCGAUGAAGGGUGAAAAGCCAGUAUUUUCUAAGUUGUAGAAUGGAGAGGAAAAGUUAGGUCAGACUGAAAUUUUUAUAUUAUUGAUAAAUGUUAUUAUGAUAUAUUUUUAUUACUAAUAAAUGAAUUAGAU